UUCGAUUUACCAACAUGGCGGUGUAAACAAAAACAUGUGGGCUCCUGUCGCUCCUGUCUUGCUGUCAACUUGACAAAGUUUACUGAAAUAAGAUAGACAGACACAGGGAUUCUUAACCAAGAUGUUGACAUAAUGUCAAAAGGGAGAACAUUGCAGGACAAUUUACUUGUAGACUGGGAAAUUUUUUGCCCUAUAGGUCCAAAACUUGCAUUCCAUGUUGCCUGUGUGUUGGGAAAUUAUUUGUAUGUUCAUGGAGGGAUUGAGGAGAGAUACAGCACUCAGCCCUGUAGUAAAAUCUUCAAACUGAAUCUGGAUACUAUGAUAUGGAAUGAAGUCAGAGUGGAAAACAGUCCAGCACUCAGUCAUCAUGCUUGUAUCCCAUUGGCUGAGAAGUAUAUGGUUUUGAUUGGAGGUUGGAAUGGAAAAACUAGAACAUCGUCUGUUGUGAUUUUUGACACAGAAAAAGAGGAGUGGAUCUACCCAAAAGUGACAGGGUUUCCAGAUGAUGCAGGACUGAGUUCUCAUACUGCAUCACUACUGAGUGAUGGGAGUAUCAUAGUGAUAGGAAGGGAGGGAACUCUCCGUAUGCAGCCAGGGAAAGAAUACACAGGUAAUGUGUACAUGUUAAAGGGAAGUCCAGAGUCCAAUGAGUUCCAUUAUGAAGAAUACAGCAGAUUCACCGAAUCAAGGUCUGGACACACAACAAGUUUCAUUGGCCCUACUUUAUACAUCAUUGGGGGAAGAAGUGAUCAGUUGCUAGAAGUGCAUAAAGGUUACAGGAGUGGACAUCCCAAAAAUAAUCUAAUGGAGAAAAUUGUUACCAUCGCCAAAUCCUUACCACCUCUGUCAAAAAUGCCUGGAGGCCGCAAGUAUCACAUUGCAGUUGAAGGUCCAUCAACCAUUCUACUCCAUGGUGGGGAAACUUUUAGAGGUCAAAAUUCUGAGCCUGUGGGAGACAUAUUGCUCAUGUCCAAUAAACCUAACAUCAAUUUUUACAAAGUGGGGACCAGUAAAGUGAUGAGAGCUGGCCAUGCUUGCUGUAUUUCCCAGGAUAAAAUCCUGUUUCAUGGAGGCUUCAGUGGCAAGGAACUCAUACACGGGGAUACUAGAGAACUGAGGAUUCUGUAAAGAAAAAAAGGAACGCAUUUUAGAUCUGAUGUGUUGAUUUGGCCAGUGGUUUUUAUUUGUUUUGAUUGUUACAUUUUUUGCAUUUUGAAAUCUUUAGUGGGUGUGGGUUUUUUUUUUAAUCCUGUUGCAAUAUUGAUUGAUAAUGCUUUGAAUACUUUGUGCAUUAACUUGUAAAGCUGUUUAACCGCUUUGCCAAAUUAUUACAGUUGAUUUUACUACCAAUGUGCUAGCUUCUUCAGAUUUCUAGCAGAGUUUUGUGUAUUUACAGACUUUCUUAGUGCCAAGAUUACAUAUUUAUUAAAUCCUCUAAUUAUUUGAUAACCAAACCUCAUAUUUUCCAUAAACCAAUGGUAGGUAAUACAGUUUUACUCUCUGAUGUAAAACAAAUAAUUACCAUUGAUUGAUGUUUAGUAAUCAGUAUGGGGGGGUUUCAAACAGUUUGUGGACUGAAUGGUAUGUCUCUCUCUCUCUGAAUCUUUUGUCCCAUGUAAAAACAAUCUGAACUUAUUUUUUUCUCUCUCCAGCCUAUUCAAAAAUUUCCAAAGUCUUUGCAAGUUUUUCCAAAAUGAAACUCACAGUAUAUAACAUCAUAUUUGAGGUUGCAUUGCAUGGUCAUACCAUUGCUUAUAACAAUACAGACAGUUUAUUCAAAGAUAGACUGAAUAUCAUUAGUUUAUUUUGUGGACAGAAAAACUUUGUAAAAGUCAUUGAUGUUAAGUGGUUUUAAUUUUAUGGCCUCAGUCCACGAACUUUUUAAAAACCCCUCGUAAAUCAGCUACACUAGGGAGAUCAGUAUUAAGUAUACAUAUAUGUAUGUACACAAGUAUAUAAUAUAAAAACAGUAGAACUUGUCUAAUUUGGACAGCUACUAGUUCUAUUGAAAUCUGCUGGAUUAGGCAACAUUCUGGAUUAGAUUACAUCAUUUUAAACAAUUGACAUAACAUAUGAAAGACAAGUUUUACUGUAUCUGUGAAGAUAUUUUGUACCAGGUAUUUAUUAAUGUAAUGGGGGAGGGGACCUAAUAUAUGAAACAAUGUUUGCUCCACAAACUCAGAUGUUUAUAAUAUAAUUUAAAUGUUUUAUUUAUAGUUUUCCAAAUUAUAAGGGGAUUCUGCAGUAAGGAUAAAAGUAUUGAUCAUAUAAAAUAUACAUAAUAAUCAGCUCUGACACUAUAUACACAUAUUGAUAGUGUCUGAAAGAGAUGGGUAUUGUAGCAAUAUCAGUAUAUUCAACAACAAUUAAUAUAGCAAAGUGAAAAAAACAGCCUUAAAGUAAACACCGACUGAUAAUGAAGGUAUAAUUUAUCAACAAUUUAUGAAUUUUUUUGUCCAUAUACAACUGAUAACAUAUCACUAAUCAAGGUGCUUCCCUUGAUCAUGCUUUUCCAUUGUACAGCAUAUAUUGUCCUCUUGUAGCAAAGACGUACUGACAUUUCCACAUUUUUCAACAAAGUUGUGAGUGAUGGAGAGGAGAUCAACAUUUUCUCUUGGGGUGGUACUUAAGCUCUAAGCUAAGUGAGAGUGAUGUCCCCUGAGAGUGUUUACAUGUAUUUAUGCUUCGUUAUGUGCCAUUUAUAAAUUUUGUUAUACUAAUGCGAUCUCAUAGCAAUUGUGCCUCAAUAUGGAUUUAUAAAACUAAUGUUUUAAUGUAGAUUCUGUGAUAAAUGUUUUAAUAUGAAAUUUGUCUUUAAUUAUUUUACAUAUACAUAUGGAUUCAGUAUUUUACAAAAUUAAUUUAAGGACAGAUGAUGCAAACAAACUUUUAUCAAAAAAUUUGAAAAUAACAACUUGAGUCAUGUUUAUAUGUAAAAUGAACAAUUUUAUUUAACCAAAUAGUUUUUAAUUUUUCAUUCAAAGUUUCACAAUACUGGGAUUUGAAGUGAAAAAAGUUUGUAUAGAUGAAUAAGGAUAGUUGCAGAAAGGUAGACUUUUGAACAUCAUAGAUGGUUUACAAUUUCUUAAUAUUUUAGAAAUUUAUUAUUUGCAUCAUUUAGAAAAAAAAUAAACCCAAAAAUAUAUACCAUUCCAGGCAUACAUUUUUUUGUUUGUAUCUAUCUUUCCUUAAGAUUUCAACUGCUUAUAGUUCUGUAAUGCAUAAUCAGCAUAAGAGAUAGGGAGAAAUGUGUAACACUUCUUUUUUAUUUUUAUAAGAUUAAAAGAAAUGUUAAUCAAUGUUUGCUAGUUAAA